UGCCGCAGUUUCACGCACCGCAGGCUUGCGCCACUUGCUGCCCCCACAUUCUCACUCACGCUCACAUACUCUCUCUCACACACACACACACACACGCGCGCGCGCGCACACACAUUCCACCAGUGACUCUGUAUAGUCAAAGCUACGCUUCCAGAAACGGACGUGCUUUUGGAUUAAGCAGCCGGUGCCUUCGUUCAGCGAUGGUGUGAAGAGCCACUACAGAGUCUACAGCUCUCCUCUCAGGGACAGUCUUCUGCAGCCCUUUGCUGAUCACGGGCCUGCCUGGCAUCUCUCAUACAUACCAUUCCUCUUUCCAUCCACCCAUCUUUCCCCCAUAAUGAAGGGCCUGUCCAGUAGUCGGAGUCACCAUCACGUGGUCUCCUAUGAACCAUCAUAUGAUCCACUGGGUCACCAUGUUGACCGCAAGCCAUAUUUGAUCAGUCAGAUGGAAAUGCCUGUGCCCAUCCCCAUGCCACAUCCAGCUGAACUGCCCUACUACAAUGCUCAGCGUACCUCAUACCCCUCUGACAGCAACAGCAUCGUCCCAUAUGGAACCUUCCCAAGGAGGUGCCACUCCACCUCCUCAUCUCACCAUCCUGAGGUAAAGGAUGAGUGUAUGGCCAUGGUACCAUAUCUAGGUGGAGGAGGAGGGGGAGGAGGAGGAGGAGGAGCUGGAGGAGGCUAUGGAGGUAAAACGCCCACCCGGGUACCAGCAAACUUUGCGGACCCGUUUGAGCGUCAGCCACCAUUUUCCAGAGAUGGCUACCAUACACUGCAGUACAAACGAGGAGUGCUGGCCCACAGUGGGGGGAUGGGGGCCAACAACAACAAUGACAGCCCAGGGAGAAUUCGCCACCUGGUCCACUCAGUCCAGAAACUCUUCACCAAGUCACAUUCAUUGGAGGGCCCACACCACACACAGUCCUCCAAGGGGGCCAAUAAUGGGAGCGUUAAUGGUGGUGGUGGUGGUGGAGGAGGUGGUGGUGGUGGUUCAAGGGCCAGCCCAGAAGGUGAAACUCCACCAGUGGGAGUGCGCCACCGGAAGCGCAGCAAGAGCCGUGAGCGCUGUCGAUCAGCGGAGCCCAAGCAUCGAAGCCACCACCACCACCACCACCAGCUCCACGGCUCAGCAUCUGCUCCGGGCUCUGGGUAUUGGAGCUCAGAUGACAACCUGGAACGGGAGCUGUGUCUCUACCACCCUCACCACCACCAACCUCCACCCUCACCCUCACCCUCCAUUUCCCCCUCGCCCAUCGCCAUGACAAUGGGCCGAUACCCUGGCAACAAUCCCGACAAGUUUCCCCAGACUCCCCUCCCCAGUCUCUCCUCCUCACAGUCCCAGCAGUACUUCAUGAUGGACCCUUAUGGCACACUGAACGAGCACACACACACCCACGCACACCAUGGCCACACACACCACCACUCUGCACUCAAAGCCUCCAGGAGCAACAACGAUGUGAAGUAUGCAGCGUCGUCGGCAUGUGUGCCAGUUAGUGGUAGCAGCAAUAACAGCGGUGGCGGUAUCGGUGGAGGAAGUAGCCCCUUGCUGCCACUUGGUCUUGUGGACGGGCCCCUUGUGAAGAAAGGGGCAUGGUCAUCGAGCCUAACGGUGAGCAGGGCCCGAGAGGUCUACACCAACAGCAGCAGCCACAACCAGCUACGAGCCAGCGCAGGAUCCGGUAACCUAAACCUAGAUAGAGCUCUAGUCAAAUCUAAGGGCAGUCAGCAGCAGGAGCGCUCUUGCCAUUUCUUACAGGUACCUCAAGAUGAAUGGAGUGGCUUCUCUCCUCUGGGGAAGGAGGAUGACAUCCCCUGUCGGAGGAUGAGGAGCGGCAGUUAUGUCAAAGCCAUGGCUGAGGAUGACAGCGGAGACUCUGACGGGAGUCCCAAACCCUCCCCCAAGAUCCAGGCACGCCGGGCCAGCUACCUAAAAGCCACACAGCCAUCACUGACUGAGAUGACCACACUCCAGAUUUCGACGGAACACUCUCCCAAACUGCAGAUUAGGAGCCACAGUUACCUGCGUGCGGUGAGUGAGGUUUCAAUAAAUAGAAGCCUGGAUACCCUGGACCCCAAAACCCUCCUCGACCCCAAAUCGCUGCUGUCCUCACCCCAAUACCGCUCACGCAAUGAAAGCUACAUGAGGGCCAUGAGCACCAUCAGUCAGCUGAGCGAGGUAGAGGUGAAUGGGCAGAUUGAGCAGGUGUGUGAGCAGGUCUACAGUGAGAUGCAGUCCCAGGCCAUGGAGGCUGCCAUGGACAGCAUGGACACCAUGGACACCCUGCCAAUGCCAGGAUGCUUCCGGAUGCGGAGUCACAGCUAUGUGAGAGCGAUUGACCAGGGCUGUGCUGGGGAGGAGGAAGGAGAAGGAGGGCGACCACUGCUACUGCUGCCAUCCUCCCCUCCACGCACAUCUGCCACAACUGUCAGGACCAUCCAGAGCAGUACAGUUUCAUCUUGCAUCACCACCUAUAAGAAAACCCCUCCACCAGUGCCACCCCGAACCUCCACCUGCUCCACAGCCUCCAAGCCCUACAUCUCCAUCACAGCGCAGAGCAGCACAGAGUCUGCACAGGAUGCAUACAUGGAAGAGGAGGGACCCAGAGGUGACAUGACCAUCCAAUCAGGGCUCAGUAACUCAACAGAAAGCAUUGACAGCAUGAAGGCCUUGACAGCUGCCAUAGAAGCUGCUAAUGCACAGGUCCAUGGACCAGCCAGUCAGCAUGUCAGUAACAGCACCAUGACAGUCAGUACCCCAGCCCCCUCAAUCCUGAGCAGGGGGCCAAUUGUUGAAGACCACCGGGAUGAAUACAGGAAAGAAGCACUAAGGAAGGGCAAAUGUCUCUCUAUAGGCAUUCAGGUGGAUGGACCAGAGGAGGUUCCAGAUCCAGAAGACCCAUCCAAGUUCACUUCUGUAGGGGUGCAAGUGGAGGAUGACAGAGGGUAUCGCAGGUUCCAGCGCUCCAACAGUGUUACAGCAGCUGUACAGGCAGAUCUGGACAUGCCCGACUUGCUGGACACCCCUCUGGACUCCCCGGACACUGACUUGGAAGUCCUGUCAUCUGGUGCCAUCUCUCGACAAUACUCCCGUGAUGCCGCCACCUCCACCGUCAGCAUCCAGGGCUCAGGGAACCACUACCACGCCUGUGCCUCUGAUGACUAUGAGGAUGUGGGCUUCGACCCAUCGAUCCUCCCCCCUCCAGACCCUUGGAUAGACAGUGUAACAGAUGAUCCACUUGAUGUCAACUUCAACAGCUCUACUAUACUGGAGGUAUAUGUGGUGCAGCGUUCAGUAUGUCAGAGAGAUGGGCGCUGGUUUCUGAAACUGCUGCAGGCCGAGACCGACCGCAUGGAGGGCUGGUGUCGACAGAUGGAGCUGGACCAGCAGGAGAAUGACCUACCUGAGGAUAUCCUCGGGAAGAUGAGGAGUGCAGUAGGUAGUGCUCAGCUUCUCAUGUCCCAGAAGUUUCAACAGUUCAGGGAGCUGUGUGAGGAGAACCUGAACCCCAAUGCCCACCCUCGUCCUGUGGCCUCAGACCUGGCUGGUUUUUGGGAUAUGCUUCAGCUGUCAAUAGAGAACAUAAGCCUGAAGUUUGAUGAGCUUCACCAGCUCAGGGCUAACAACUGGAGACCCCUGGAUCCCCCUGAGAGAAAGGAGAGGCGGCUCCCACCUCCAGUGCCCAAAAAGCCACCCAAGGGCCCCCACCACCACCCCCCUCUGGCCAGAGACCGCUCACUGGAGAGCUCAGAGAAACAGCGGCAGGAGGCCAGGAAGCGCCUGAUGGCCGCCAAGAGAGCCGCAUCUGUACGACAAAACUCAGCAACGGAGAGCGCUGACAGCAUUGAGAUCUACAUCCCCGAGGCUCAGACAAGGCUAUGAGGACACUACCAGGGACAUACACAGGGUUGGCAUGUCAGUGUGUACAUAUGCACAUACACACACAAAGACACACACACCAUAGACAACACAAACACAAAAACGUGUGGUUGUCCACACCAAGGUAAAAUAUCCAAAUAAUUGCACAUCCCCCACCACUCUUCUGACCUGUCCCAAUUGAAACAGUUUACCACAAACUCACCACUUCCUGUCAGAGCCACAAUUCAUAAAUACACAGACAUCGUACACACCUUGAUCUAAUCAGUUUUCACAGUGGUGUCAGGUUUUCUGAUGAUGUCCCCAUGUAAAUGCCUUUAGAGAACACAUUUAAAAAAGCAUUCCUUAUAAUUUAAUCAGAUUUUAUCUCAUAAUGAUUGGAUUCAUAUUUUUUCUUAAGUUUUUCUUCAUCAGGUUUUACCAAAUUAGUUGUAUAGUGAAGAGUAAGCUUUCUUCUUUUAAUUAUAAACAUUUCAGACCAACUCUAUAUUCAUUUGAGCCAUUCUCCCCCAAAUACAACCUCCAGAUAUCAAAGGCAGUCAUACAAUAUGGCCCAGUGCAGUUCUGACUUGUUCUCCUCUAGAAAUGUGGAUUUCAAAUACAAAUCAUGUUUUAUUAUUUGAUAAUUCAGGUGCAUUGCUAAUAUUGCACCUUUUUGUUGUUGAUGAAAGCCCCCUUUCAUACUGGAAGAAAAACCCUCUAACACCCACUAGCAUCUGGCUUUUGUCUCCAGUGGGAAAAUGUACAAUCUGCAUUCAUUCCUGGGUCAAAUGACUCUGCAAUAGUCUAGGGUAUUUAUCAGGUCAACUAUGAUCAGCAGUGAUGGAAACAUCACACUCAGGUGGACAUGCUAAUUUUUGCUCCUUUUCUGGUGCAGUGCUAUGACAUGCACCAAGUUCCAGGUGUUGGCACCUAUCUUUCCAAGAGACAGUCAAAAACAAUUCAUACAGUGACUGGUCCGGUGUGCAGAGGUGUGAAAGGAAUCAGAUUUUCAACCUCUCUUUUCUUUCUUCACACAUGUGCAUAUCUCUUUUUUCACGUGAACAGCCAUGCAUAAUAUCAAGAAUGCAUUUGAAGAAACGCUAUCCACAAUUUUGUGCAGUUUUUCCCAUUAGUACAGUCCAGUAUGUAUACACUACAAAAGACAGCAAGAGUUGUUGAAAGAGCUCAGGUAGAUGGUGGGAUGUAGCCAGGAAGAGCCUAUGAUUGUAGGCUUUUCACCUGGCUUUCCAGUGUAGAACAGAUGCACAUGGAUAUACUAAUAGGGUUAAAAUAUAUUUUGUAUACCCAACAAUCUGCCUUUACAUUUUGUGUGUAAUAUGUUGCAAAGUGGUGGCCAUGUCUUUUCAGCCAGCCGUACAGAUUGGCUAGACCAUGCAGGACUUGUUUUGACUUUUGGUAGACGUUGAAGGUUUUCUCUGUGGGUCCUAUGAUGUUACACAAACAUGUAUAUGUACAGAGGUGAUGGACAAUCCAGCACACACACACACACACACACACACACACACAGUUGUAAUCUCACUCUCAUAACCUUGUGUCAUAUGAAAAUACUUCACAUGCACAAUGGUUUACUGAACACAUCAGUCCUUACAGGUAAUUUGUUCAGGUCCUGAGGCUGUAUGAACGCUUCAGCUUGCUGUAAUAUAAAAACAGUGUCCUUCUCUUCCCUCUGGAGAAGAGAACACCAUGAUCACUGUUUUUCUUUCAUCUUCCUCUCCUUCCCCACACUACAUCAGAUAUUUAUGGAACUGAGAAACUUCAUGUAAUGAUCAAUUGAUAUUUUACCCACUUAAAAAUGGGCAAAGAUUUUAAAGGAAAAUUCUAUUAUUUGACAGUUUAUAUGUAUCUCCAUAUAUUUGAAAGCUGUUCUUUUCAGUUGACAUAAUUUUUUUUAGUUUUACAGCUAUAAGGUUUGACCAAGCUUUCUGAAGAUUUGUUUCAAAACUGUUGUGUGGUUCAUUGGUUUGCAUGUCUGUAUUUUGGUUAUUCAGGUUUUGAUGACCAAAACAACAAAAAUACAGGCAAAGUUGUAAAUACACAGAAUUUUCUUUUACCCCACCCCCCACCCCCCUUGUGUAACAAAGAAAGCCAUUAAAUGAAUUAUAAAGUGCUGAUAGCAUUAGAGACACAAUGUUAUAGAGGAAAAUAACAAACAAUGCCUAAUAAUGAUGGGAAAUUGAUUGAUUGGGUGUUUGUAAAAUUGCCACAGACCAUACAUUUUCUCCCUCUUUGGUUUGAUUUUUAUGAACCCUCUCCUUCUUGGAUUUCAGGAUGAUUUGUCUUUUACAGGGUACCAUUACAUGUAAGCAAUAUUUAGUGGAGAUAGAGGUGGAGUAGUGACUUUUAUGGAAGUGAUCUGAGAUUAUGUAACACAAGGGCCUAUAAUUAAUAAGAUGGAAUGAGACGGAGUCGAAUAUGCAGUGUAGUAUUAAUCCCAUGGAAGUUGUGCAAUUAAAAAACUGAAUUGAUCUUUCUAAUUUUAAGAUGUUCAAGUGCAUUUUUUUAAUCAAGAUGUUAAGGCAUGCCUUGUCAAAAUAGGUUGUAGAAUUCUAGCUGGAAACUAGUAGUGACACUAGUGGGAGCUUUUUUUUGACAACUAUUGAAGCUGCCUUUCUCUUUGUGUAGACAGCCAUCAGACAAUUUCUGACACAAAGAGCUAGAAAUCUACACAUAGGUAGUAAUCCAAUAGUUGCCAAACAAGAGCUUCCAGGGAUCUUGAGGUUAUUCAAAGGUUCUUGAACAAAAUGACAAAUGGCUGAUUUUUGUUUCAGUACUACAGGUUGUCCUAAUUAGACAACACUGACUUAUUAUUGACUGACUUGACAGCAUUUAAUCUACACUGCAUCUUUGGCCAAUUUUGACAGAAAAUCUGAUAGGAAAUCACUGGGUGAUAUGAUGAUGUCUAAUGGAUGGACUGAUGUUAUUACCUACUCUUAAUCACUAAAUCAAUCAAUUUGCUUUAAUAUAGCAUAAAACUGUAAAGGGAGGCACUGGGAGGCAGUUUUGAACAUAAUAUGCAGCUCAAAAUGUUAUUUAGAGAUAACUAAACCUUGCUCACAGAGAGCCUGGUCACAAGUUGAUUUUCUCUCACGUUAUUGUAUUAUCAUUUCAGACAGUGGCAGAGGUUCACUCUCGGUCAAGAUAGUAAGCUAGUUAUCUCACCAACUAAAAUGCCAGCCUUGGACUCUAUAGAACUGCUGAGUUAAAAAAGAUGGCCUCCUUCAUUUUGGACUGCACCAUCCUAUUUAGAAGUCAGAGAAGUUAUUUCAUCUUUGCUACUGGUUUAAAGUGAUGUUUCAUAUAUCAGAAUUUGAUGUGAAAACAGUGAACAAGUACAUUUUAUGAUCACGGCUACAUGCACUGUUCGUGAUAAUUCUCCUCAGCUGAAUUCAAUCUAGUUGAAAAUAUAAAAUGUUAGUGUGGCCAGGCUCUCAGUUACACAAAACUCCUAUGAGGUGCAAUACAAGUCAAUUUCUCAUUGUGUACUGAUGGUUUACAAUUACUGCUUUCUGUGUACUAUUCUAUCUAUACUCUAAAAAGAAUAGUACCCAAGGGGAAUUAUUUCCUUUGCAUGCUAUUUGAAAGUGUGAGAACUGCUGCUUAGCUAUAAUGCCAUGCCAUAAAUCUAGAGGAACAAUCAGCAGCUCUGUUCAGAGAAGAUACACACAUAUAUUAUCCAAAGACAAGAGGUUAAUAACUGGAUAAAGUAGCAAUUGAUAAUUAUAUUUUAGUAGAUCUUUAGUUUUUAUGUACCAGGUAAGUGUUUGUGUGACUCAAGCUAAGUAGGGCAAAUACUUAACUACACUGUCCAUGCACUAUGUAAUUGUCUUGUGCACCAGAAUGACAAGAACAGAAAUGACAAUAUGGCUUGGUGAAAAAAACUACAAUGUGAUAUGUGAUAUGACACACACACACACACACACACACACACACACACACAUAUAUAUAUAUAUAUAUAUAUAUAUAUAUAUAUACCUGAAAAUAGAAUUUAUUGAAUAUCACACAACCGAUGAUACCACUAAUCUAUAUAUUCAUUUUAUUUUAUUUUUUACCUUUAACUUGCUAAUCUUCACAGACCUGUAAUAUACACUAUGCCUCUUAGAUGCACAUAAUAGCAUAAAUAAAAUCAGUGUUUUAUUGGUAUUCUCACUCUCUAUAUGAUGUGACAAUCCAGCACAAAUAAAUCAGUUUAAGUGUAUGGCAAUGUUAUGGCUUACCACCAUAACAUUGCCAUGGUCAACUCAGCUGACCAAAUAUAGUUUAGUAUCACAGCAUUAAUUUAAUUACUAUAAAUAGAAGUAAAUUAUGAAUCAUAUUCUGGAUUGUGCAUCUUCAAAAUAAAUCCAUCCUUAUUGUCUUUUCUGCCACUGUCAUUUUAAAGGGCAACUGCAAUGACUUUGUACAUGAGAGUCAGUUUACUAAUCUUUUGAGUUCUACUCAGCCUGUGAAAACUAUUGUAUAAUAUCUUCUGUGUCUCUGUAGGAGCUUCCUCAAGUCUCAGAAAAUUAUAUCAGUUUGGCCAGGGAGACUACAAGUUGAUAACAAGCAGCUUGUGUUACAAACUGGCGAUGUAGAAUCUGAUAGGAAGCAUCUAACAAAGACACAUUUUCAACUUGCAUUAUGGGAAAUGUCAGGUACAUUUCAGAAGCUUAACUCAUACAAAAAAAAAAAAAAAAAAAAAAAAAAAAAAAAAAAUCAGGAUCUCUCAGCUUCUGCUGCUUCAGUUUUGACCAUUCUCUUUUAAUCUGUUUUAUGAGCAUCCCAACUUUAUGUAAUACUAAACUGCUGGAGUACUACUUUACAACAACUUUGAGUGUGGACACAUCUCCUGCAGUGACCACACCAACAGCAGGACUGAAUUUGGUCAAAGAUGUGAAUCAACGCUCAGUUACUGCUGACAAGCUGCUGCCUGUCACUGCUACAUUUUUUGGGACUUUCUGAUCAGAGUAAUGACGUGCCAUAAGAAGACAUUCCAAAUUCAUCUCAUUUCACAUUAUACAGCUGGGCUUCACAGCUGAACCAGACAUAGUUUCAGCAGUGACAAAGAAAGCAUCUUUGGGGUCAAGAUGAUUUUCUUAGUGCCAGUUUGUUCUUUUUCAACCUCUGAUAUAACUGCCAUUCAUUUCUCCAGAGCAACAAUCUAGAAGUCAAAAGCAGGAUUCACAUGAUUCUACAGAUGAUGAUAAUGAUGAUGGUUGUGGUGGUGGUGGUGGUGUGUUGUUGAUGAAUGCAUUCUGUAUUUAUUUUCUUCUUUUAUAAAGGUUUGAUGUACGUGUGUGUGUGUGUGUGUGUGUGUGUGUUUGGGGGUGUGAAUGGGGGGGGGGUGAAUUUGUACAGGAUCUGAUUACCUCUGUGUUUAAAUGAUAAUGACAGUGACAAUGACAGUGAGCCAUACUCAAUGUGAAAUACCCUUCUUCAAGAGGAAAGGGCCAUACAGAUGCUGAAUGUGUGUUUUUUUUUUUUUUUUUUUUUUUUUGUUUGUUUUUGUAUUUACCAUUUACUGAAUAUUUUUAAGUGUUCCAGUAGCAAGCUUAUUGUCCAUUUGUUUGGGAGGAGCAGUGAAUGUGAACCAUGGAAAAAGGAGAAUACCCACAUAGUGAAUCUUCAAUGUUCUAAUUUAAAAGAUUAUAAAUUAUAAAUUAAUUUAAAAGCUAAAAGAAAGAGCAAACUUUGACAAGGUGUCACUUUGACAAGUCUGAGACAUAAAAAGAAAAAGGUUUGUGCCAGGCCUGCCAAGAUUGACAUAAAAUCAUCAAUUUUUUUUUCUAUUUACAUGUAUAUAUUUUUGGUAAUACAUAAUUACUGCCAAACAUUAUUUUUACACAAUUAUAACGUCCAUCCAUCCAUUAUCUAUACCGCUUAUCCUUAAGGGAUGCAGGGGACCCAACUGCUCCCAGUCUGCUUUUGAUAAAAUCAUAUUUAUAGCACCAACAAACAUGAAUAAGUUAAUUUCUAAUGAAAAUUGUUAGAAAAAGACCUAUAUUAAGGACAUUUUACAAAACUACAAACUUUUGUGUAUACACACGUAAAAUUCCAUUUCAAUUUUACAGAAUUAUUUUGUUUUUCAAAAAAGUAAAGGCAGUCCUGGACUGGAAUGCUGCUGAAAAGCCAUGUAACUCCAACCAGUAGUGUGCUUGAGUUGGCUUUGUGUCCUUUUUUUUCCUCAGGAAGAGAUGGGAAAUGUGGUCUAGAAAAAUCAGGGUCUCCCAGACAUGGUGUGUGUGAGAGGGAGAGAGAGAGAGAGUAUGUGUCAAAAAGUUUGUUUGCAUUACCAUAAUGGAAGAUGCACAGUGUGUGUGUGUGUGUGUGUGUGUGUGUGCGCGCGUGCGUGUGUGUGUGUGUGAGGUCUCUAUAAAGUGCUUCCUGAGUCUGUGUUUUCUAUGUUGGGCCUUUCCUCAGUAUGGUCUAGUAGCCUCAUAGAAUCAUUCUGUAUAUUAACUCUCCAGCUGUACCUGCGACCGAUCUCUUGUGUUUGUACAGAAAAUGUUGAGGAUGUUUCAUGAUGCAUGCAGACACAAUAUUAAUACUUAAGAACCAAUAUCUAAGUUGAGAAUAUGUAUUUGGUUUAUUUAUGCUCUUAUUUAUUGAUUUUUUAAACUAUGAGAUUCUCUUGGCGUGGGCUGAUAUUAUGUUGUAUUGUAAAGAGAUGAUUAUAUGUUCAUAACUAUUGAUAAAUCCAUAAUAAAAUUAAUGAUCAACUCUU